AUGUCCUGCCCUGCACGUGUUCACCCACUACGCAAACCCAAAAAUCACCGCGUCCCGGUUCCGCGAUGGCAUCUAAGUCUUCCUGAUAGUGUCACGCACGUUUGCACCACGUACAUCGGAGUCCAGAAACACUCCGAUGCCCCGGGAGCUGACAGUGCUCGAGAUGAAGCUAUUGCAAUAACGCAGUCAUGGCUAGAGGGAAAUACUGGUCCUUUGGCGUACGAGACGUUUACUGUGAUUGAUGGGUGUGAUGUACAGGAAACAACUAUAUGGGUCUGCUAUUGGGACGACAAGACAGCAUACGAGAAGACUCUUGACGAGUUUACACCCAAGUCAGUUUACUCCCGCUUGUCAAGUCCAGGCCGCGCAUCUGUCGGUAUCUGGCGAGAAGCUUUUGUCACAGAAUAUCCCAGGCUCGAGACAAAUUACUCAGGUCUCGACUAUCUCCCCGGUCUCGCAAAACUCCCCAAUGCAACAUUCCCGGAACACACUCUGUCAGCGUACUGGGGUGCUGCCCGAGACAGAAUCCCCAAUUCUGCCUAUGAUCUCUUCCCUCCUUUGUCAGAUCACACGCCUCCACCCACAGCUCCCAAAGGUCUAGGCCAGUACCUCAUCAGCACGAACGCCGAGAACGUAGUGCAUAUACGAUCAGGUCAGUUCUGGGAAAACUGCGGCCAAGAAGAAGCCGACUCGUACAACACAAAACUCGAGCCCACGCUCCGAUCGGGACUUGAGUAUCUAUGGGAAAAUUCUCCAGAAACAGGAGCUCUUGGGUUACGAUAUCUUCAAAACGAAGACACUUCAUUACCCAAGACUGUUCCAAGAAAAGAAUCCUGCGGCGCGGGUUUCUUUACCAAUCUUGAAGCUCUCGAGACAUGGGCGAAGAGUCAUAAAUCCCACCUUGCUAUCUACCGUGGUGCACUGACGCAUUACAAAAUUUUUGGAGAGGAUAGAAAGUUUAGAACGUGGCACGAAAUCUCUGUUUUAAGGGAAGGAGACGCAAGGUUUGAGUACAUGAACUGUGUACCCAAGACAGGCGUGAUUUCGAGCGUGAGUCUCAGGGUUGAGAACAUUGAGGGAGCGCCCUAA